AUGGCCCACCAAGCACACGCAUACCACAUAGUUGACCCCAGCCCUUGACCCUUAACAGGCGCAAUUGCCGCCCUACUAAUAACAUCAGGCCUUGCAGUCUGAUUUCACCAACACUCCACCACCCUUAUAACCCUUGGCACCAUCCUUCUGCUUCUUACAAUAUACCAAUGAUGGCGAGACAUUGUCCGAGAGGGCACCUUUCAAGGACACCACACACCCCCCGUACAAAAGGGCUUGCGAUAUGGUAUAAUCUUAUUCAUCACCUCUGAGGUCUUCUUUUUCUUAGGAUUUUUUUGAGCUUUUUAUCAUGCCAGUCUCGCCCCCACCCCCGAACUAGGGGGCUGCUGACCCCCAACAGGUAUUUUUACCCUCGACCCACUAGAAGUCCCUCUACUCAAUACAGCAGUUUUGCUUGCCUCUGGGGUGACCGUUACCUGGGCACAUCAUAGCAUUAUAGAGGGCGAUCGCAAACAAGCCAUUCACUCUUUAACCAUAACAAUUAUUCUUGGCUUCUAUUUUACAAUCCUGCAAGCGCUAGAGUAUGUUGAUGCCCCCUUUACAAUUGGUGAUGGAGUUUAUGGUGCUACCUUCUUUGUAGCGACCGGCUUCCAUGGCCUCCAUGUCAUUAUUGGGUCAACCUUCUUGGCAGUUUGCCUUCUCCGACAAAUUAAACAUCACUUUACAUCUGGGCAUCACUUCGGAUUUGAAGCAGCCGCCUGAUACUGACACUUCGUGGACGUUGUUUGGUUAUUCCUCUACGUCUCUAUCUACUGAUGAGGCUCGUA